AUGUCCAUGAGUACCGAGAUAAGAUCAUUUACUGCUUAUGCCUCGAUGGUGUGCGCUCGUUUGCUGUCGAAACUCUCUCAACCUCGAACGAGCGAAACUUUAUCACAAAUCUUAAAUCAAAAGUUGAAGGAAGAAAAAGACGUUUUGAACACCAUCGCUGUUGUUUCUUUCGUGUUAACUGAUUCAAAUAUUUAUGAGCAAUCCCUGUCUUAUAGGCUCAUUACGAGUCUCUGCCACACAUCGUAA